UGAGGUUUAUGGGGCAGGUUCAGGUUCACUGUAACAAUUCUGUGGCAACAAAUAAUAAUUCUAUGUGGAUACUUUGUCUAGAUUCAGAAUUUGGUCUGAGAUUCUCAGAUCAAGAAAAAGAUGAUAAAGUGCCUUUGAUCUACUCCAUAGGGUAAUGUAAUUCAUGAUACUAUUGUAUUUUUAUUUGUCUUUAAAAAAUACUAACUUAUUUUAAGAGUCACAUGCUAUAUUUAUUCAAAUACUUAAUUUAUCCAGUCAAUGAGAUCAUGUUUUUUAAAGAAAUAUACAAGUUCAGCAUACAUAAAGCUUGAAAUCAGAUACAUUAAACCAACUAACAAGUUGACUAUAGGCCAUACUCUGCAAACAAAAAGGGACAAGUAGAGCGCUAUGCAGAAAGUACAGACCUUCACAAACACUUGUCUUAGAAAGAUUCUGAAAAUCAAAUUGCAAAACAUCACCACCAACAAAGACUAACUGGAGAGAACAUAACAAGAUCCUAUUGCUAUACCAAACUUCACAGAGAAAAGAUGUAGAUGAAUUGGGCAAACUCUUUGUAAAGCCCCAGAUAACAUCACGAGACAAUUCCUAUCAUGGAACCCGCAGGGGAAAAGGAAGAGAGGAAGGCCAUUGAAUACAUGGAGACACGAUCUAGAGGCAGACACCAAAGUAUGGGGUACACCUGGAAGCAACUGAAAAGGAAAGCAAAGGACCCCUAUGAAUGGAAAACUCUUGUAGAUGGCCUAUGCCCCGGGCGUGGUAAAAAGCAUAAAUGAUGUGAAUGUCCAUUUAUUUUUUCGCGUAAAAUAAUUUUAGUCAACUUUUUUAUUGGUUUGUUGUGUAGCAUUUCAAGCUUCAAAAUACCUUGUACAUUUUAUUUAAUAAUAAUAAGGGGUCUUUAUAUAGUGCGGUACCCCAGCCUAGGGCUGGGCUCACCACGCUGUACAUAAAAAUUUUAUCAAAAGAGACAUAAUCAUGACAUUAAAAUAAAAUACAUUUAUGAAAUAAAGCAAUGUAUAUUCACCCACCCCACCACAUAACUUUUACAAGGCAAACCAUGGAUGGCAGCUAGCAAGAUCGUUUAUCGGUCAGAGGAGGGGAAUCAGUCAGGGUAGUAUAAUUUAAAAAGAUAUGUUUUUAGUGCAGUUUUGAAGGCCUGGGUGGUUGGUAUAUUGCGUAUGUGUAGUGGCAAAGAAUUCCAUUGUUUGGGGGCGCAGAAAGAGAAAGAUCGUUCACCGUAUGUUUUAGAUUUUAUCAUGUAAACAAAAAGUAUUUAACACAUUUAAUCAACACCUAAAAUUCACAUAAUACUAAUAAAUAGCUCAUGUUCAUUAUUUCUCAUGUUUAAAAUGUGAUAUUUCUUAUCUAUACUUUCAGACCCAGUGCAGAUUAUAACUUUGAGUAUUUUGUCAGUAAGAAUCUCUCCAGCCGCCUUUAUAUUUUUUCACAUUUGGCUAACAAGCUGAGCUUCCUUGUGAAAGCAAAUCCCGAUUCAAAUGCCAUCUUCAAGACAACUAUUGUACCCAAUGACCCAGCAGACUUUGCAAGGAAUUCUUUUGAAACACAAACCUUGAAUUCUGUAAUGGUGCAUUUGAAGCAUAAGAAGAUAGACAUUCUAAAAAUAGAUACACUUCUUGAAUCAGUGCUUGCUCAUGAAGUCCUACAUUUCCUAAUUGAGGAUGGUGUCCUUACUAAUGUGAAAGAAUUACAUCUAGUGAUAAAUCUAGGUAUGUGUUGGGAAGUUUAAAAAAAAAAGAUCUUAUAAAAGUACCAAUACUGAGAAAUCUCUUUAAUUUACUGUCAUAAAUAUCCAUUUAUACUUAUGUUAAAUUUUUGAAAAAAAAUUGUUUUUAAAUUCAAGAUAACAUAAAAUUUAAACAAUUCUAAUGGAAUGAAUUGUUUUUAACUUCCAAAUUCUUAGAUAAACUUGAUGAAGACUACAUUUACAGCUGGUACCGUGUGCUGUAUGCCCUCUUCCACACUGCAGGAUUUCGCCUGUACCAUACGGCAACUUCAGAGCCGCUCUGUCUCCAAGACACCAUGAUGGAAUCCUGCAAGUACUACCUGUCAUUUGUGCAGCUGCUGCCACCACAUACAUUUGUUAUGUACCCACCUGCCAUUGAUGGUCAGUGUUCUUUGAACCUUGUAAAAUCAUAAGAAUACAUUAAGUUCUUAAAUCUUCAGGCAUGUUUAUAAAUAGAUUUUAUUUAACUUAACCCUGAUGGAACAUAAUUAUGUACGGGAGUAAUUUAAUACAACUAAAAGUUUCUAAUGCAAAGAAACAACAGGAAAAAUGUUCUCCAGACUCCAAUCAACUGAUACAACGUGAUCACAUCACACCACUUCUUCAUUCACUUCAUUGGCUCCCUGUACAAGUAGGGAUUGACUACAAACUCUCUGUUCUCUGACACAUUUUUUUCUUGAAUUUCUCCCCUUCCUAUCGAACCGAUCUUCUCCCCUUCGACAGCUUCGCUCCUCCGCAGACACACAUAUUCUUUCUGUUCCCAAGACACGUACAAAAAUAUACGGUGAACAAUCUUUCUCUUUCUCUGCCCCCAAACAAUGGAAUUCUCUUCCACUACACAUCAGCAAUAUACAGAGCAUCCAGGCCUUCAAAACUGCACUCAAAACACAUCUUUUAAAACUCUACUAUCCUGACUGAUCCCCCCCUCUGACCAAUAAACGAUGCUGCUAGGUGCCAUCCAUAGCUUGACAUGUAAACAGUUCUGGAAUGGGUGGAGUGAAUAUUCAUUGUUUUUUUUUAUACAAUUGUUUUUUAUUUUCAUUAAAUUGUAAAAUUUGAUGAACAGUGCAGUGAGACCAGCCCUAGACUGGGGUACCGAGCUAUAUAAAACUACUUAUAAUAAUGUCAUUAUUUCAGCUUAUUUUCUAAUUUUAUUUCCUACUUGUAAGGCUGGCUGCACGGACUGUACUGCCACAGGAAUGGAAGGCUGGCAUUCUCAAUUUCUCCAUUCAGGUUUUCUAUUCUUCAGGUUCUUUACACAAUGAAAUGGAGCGUGUCACCAGUUUUCUCGAUGUUACUUUCAAGGACGUGCAGACUCUGCCUGUCAGGCUCCAACUGGUGUCACUGUCCCACUUACAUCAAAGACAAGAUGAACUGUCUGUGAAGAUUUUUAAAAGUGUUCUCAAACACCAUAGCAGUACCCAUUCUUGUCAGAUCACUUUUUUACUGUGAGUCAACAACUGAUCUAACUUGGUGGGAUUUAAGUGCUUUUUAAGAUAGUGUGUUUUAUAAAUCAUGAUGAUCAUCUCAGGUAAAGCAUUAGAUUACUCAAAUUUCUGGUUGUUAAUUAUUUAUUUUUAUCUGAUUUAAUUUUUUUUUAUGUGAACAUUUUUAAAAAUAGAUAUGCGGAGUCCGACUAAAUAUCUUUCUUAAAUUUGAAAAAUGUGAACAUUCAUUUAUAAAGAUACUAUUAUGGUUGAGUUUCUAUCUUUAAACUUUAGUACUGGUAAUUAGGUCAUUGAUAUUUAAAUUUAUUAAUUAAAUUCAUUCUUGUUUACUCUUUCAGAGAUGUCCAGUACAAUGAGUUUGCAUAUGAAGCCAGUAUUGAAAAUCCUGUCUGUGAUAUUAAACUUUUUGCUAUCAAUCCUCUCACAUCAUCUUCAUCAUCACCCCGGUUUAACCGCCUACAAAUAGGGUAAGAAAUAUCUUGUUCUUCUUCUUAAGUUAUUUUCUACUAUCAAAUUAUUUUAAUAUCUAGCUUCAUAAGAAGGGGGGCGGGGGGAAAGUUUGGAAAAGUAAAAAGUAUUUGGAACAAGUGAUCAAAGAUAUUUAAUUUUAAUUUCCUUAGCCUAUUUUUCCAUUCUUUAAUUUCCAGUUCCAAGGAUGGUGUCACUAAACAAACCCACGAGCCUGAACAUAUAUCAACUAUUCAGGAAAAUUUAUCAACAUUCUCCACUAACAUCAUGUAUAUUGAACUGGAUGAUGCUUGGGACUUACUGGCAACAUUAUCUAGUCUAGGAAUACCCAAGGUAAAAUCUUACAUUAUUUAAGGUCACU